AAAAGUUUGUUCUUAAAAAAUCAAAAAAAGUGUUCAAAAUCAAGUAAACUAUUUUUUCGUAUCGAAAGAAAUUGAAAUGGCGAAUAAAUUAAAAAAUAACGCUGCUUCUAAAGCCACGGCAAAGCUAUAUCUCAACGAAAAAUUUGCCGAUGUUCAUUUCGUAUUUAAUGUGAAUGGUAAAAGUGAAAAAGUACCAGCAAACAAAACAAGGUUGGCUGUUCUGAGUCCAGUAUUCGAAACCAUGUUCUAUGGAGGCAUCAAAGAAGGCGCCGAAGUUAAAAUUGUUGAUGCCAGCGCCGAAGGAUUCAGAGAGUUUCUCCAAUUCUUUUAUUUGGACGAAGUGACAUUAACCAUGGGAAAUAUCGAAACAAUUGCACGUUUGGCCGAUAAAUACGAUGUUCUUGAAUAUGUGAAUGCAUGCACCGCGUUCCUAAAAAGUCAAUUAAAUGUGGAUAACAUGUGUUGGGGUUACCAGGUGGCUAUAUUUCUCAAAAAUCAAGAACUGAUUAAAUUUUGUGAGGAAAAAAUAAGUCUUUCACCAAAGGAAAUAUUUGCAUCGAUGGCAUUUAAACAAUGUGAACAAGAAACAUUAGAACAUAUUCUAAAACUGAAUCUAACAUGCAACGAAGCCGAUAUCUUUGAUUCUUGUGUAAAAUGGGCCAAAUAUGCAUGCAUACAUAAUGUCUUAGAUGAAAAUCUAGCGUCAAAUUUGAAAAACGAACUGGGAGAUUGCUUAAAAUUGAUCCGAUUUGGUGAGAUGACAAACGAAGAAUUCACUGAAAUCGCAAUGUCAUACAAAGGCCUCUUUACAUCGGACGAAUUCGAAGAUAUUUUUUUUACAAUUUCGUCGAAUGGAAAAUACGAAUCGAAAAUAUUCAAUCAAAAACCACGAAAAUACAUUUGGAAUCCAAAAAAAGUCAUCAAUUGUGCACGUCCAACCGAAUCCAAUACGGUUAAAAAAACCGUCCAAAACAUAGAAAUUGUUUCAUUUACAUCGAAUAAGCCAGUUUUGCUGGGACAAUUUUCGACUCAACCAAUUUUGACAAAUGGUGGAAAUGAUUAUAAUGUAUGCUAUGGUAAUAAUUACAAUUACAAUUAUAAUCACAGGCCAUAUAAUCCGAUGCAUUGCAAUGUCAGUGUCACCAUUUCUGAAAUUGGUCAUUUUCAUUCGGGUGAUGCACGGAAAACUCUUCAUACUGGUAACUAUAGAACAUGGACCGGCAACCAACUAAAAGUUGAAUUGCCCGAACCAAUUUUUAUCAAACCACAAAAUACAUACGAGAUUCGUUUGAGUUCAAUAUCGUCAAAUGGUGGAACUUAUAACUCGACAUACAAACCGGAGGUGGAAUGCGCCGAUGGCAUUAAAAUUCGUUUUCAUCGUAAUCAAGAUUGCUCUUCGAUUGAUUUUGUAUCAACGCUAUGCUUGAAUAAAUUGUAAAAUCGACAUUUCGGGUGAAGGCGAUGAAAAAUAUUUCAUAUGCAUCGAGAAUAUGAACACCAUUCACAUAAAUUUGAGAUAGACUCAAAUAUCCAAAUGUUAAACAAUUAGUAAAAUAAGGCAAAUUUCUGAGUAGAAUUUAAGAACAUCGUUUAGUUAAGAUUAUUGCAUAAAUUAUUGAGUAGUAGAAGGACAUUUACGAUUUUGUUUCAUUCCAUAUUUUGUUUGAAAUUAGAUUCAAGACUAUUUUUGUAUUUAAUAUAAACAUACAUGAAAAAAAAGCGCAAACAGUAAUUUUUUUGCACAAAAACUUCAAUUACCAUCUGACACAUAUCAACCGAUCGAUAUAUGAUUUUCAAAUAAAUUUAAAUUAAAAACCCGUGUACAAAAAAAGUGACUGACCAUUUUGGGACAAACUGACUGAUUAUUGACUGCAAAAACAAGCAACCUUAGCUAAAUUUAGUUAACCGUUUGUUAACUUCAAUCAAUUAGCAGUCAAAACGUCCCAAAAUAAUCGCCUGACUGACUGAGUAACUAUAGUCAAUUGUUUUCCAUACAAAAUUUUGGAAUUCAUGAAUUUAGCUAACUAUAGUCACUUACAGUCAGUAGUAACUUAGUCACUUUUUUCCACUCGGGAACACUAUU